AUGCCGGCCGCCGUUGACACUGCAAAAUCGAUCUCGAAGAAGCGCAAGAGAAAGCACGGUGGAAACGCCCGCGAAGCGACUGAGAACGGCGAUGUCUCCUCACCAAAGCCGGCUGCCAAAAGCGAAGCCGUGACCGAGACAACGAAGAAAAAGGAUCUCAAGCUGGCUGAGAAAGCUAUAAAAGAGGAGGCGCAGAAGAAGCGGAAGGUGAGCCACUCGCCUAGCGAUGAGGGGAGCGGUGAUGAGGAGGAGGAGAAGGAGGAGGAACCGACAGCUGCCCCGGAGGAGAAGGACGACGAUGAUGAAGAUGUUGAAGAGGUAGAGGAUAAAGUGCCAGAUCUUCCUUCCAUGGACGCGGUUAGCCUGCCGCAGCCAGACGGUGGCCCGAAGAAGUUUACGGAGCUGAAUCUGUCCGAGAAAACGCUUCAGGGUAUCAAGGAGAUGGGAUUCGAGACUAUGACUGAGAUUCAGCAACGGACGAUUCCUCCCCUCCUUGCCGGCCGGGAUGUUCUUGGUGCUGCGAAGACCGGAUCGGGAAAGACGUUGGCAUUUUUGAUUCCCGCCAUCGAGAUGCUCAGUGCUCUGCGCUUCAAGCCUAGAAAUGGUACUGGUGUCCUUGUGGUGUCUCCUACGCGCGAACUAGCACUUCAGAUCUUCGGCGUGGCCAGGGAACUCCUCACAGCGCACAGCCAGACAUACGGUAUUGUCAUCGGAGGCGCAAACCGACGAGCAGAAGCUGAGAAGCUCGCAAAGGGUGUUAACCUCCUCAUCGCCACUCCUGGUCGUUUGCUCGAUCACCUCCAGAAUACUCCCGGCUUUGUUUUCAAGAACCUGAAGACUCUCGUUAUCGACGAGGCGGAUAGAAUCCUGGAAGUCGGUUUUGAGGACGAAAUGCGCCAGAUUGUGAAGAUCCUACCAUCCGAAGAGAGACAGACCAUGUUGUUCUCUGCGACCCAGACCACCAAGGUUGAGGAUCUGGCUCGCAUAUCGCUCCGGCCUGGACCCCUGUAUAUCAAUGUGGACCAUAGGAAAGAGCACAGCACGGUGUCCGGCUUGGAGCAGGGCUAUGUUAUCUGUGAGGCUGAUAAGCGAUUCUUGUUGCUCUUCUCUUUCUUGAAGCGCAACCUCAAGAAGAAGAUUAUCGUGUUUUUCUCCAGCUGCAACUGUGUGAAGUAUCACGCCGAACUGCUCAACUAUAUCGACCUGCCAGUUCUAGACCUCCAUGGGAAGCAGAAACAGCAGAAGCGGACAAACACUUUCUUCGAAUUCUGCAAUGCCAAGCAAGGAGUCCUGAUCUGUACAGAUGUUGCCGCACGAGGCUUGGAUAUUCCUGCCGUCGAUUGGAUUAUUCAGUUUGACCCCCCGGAUGACACCAGAGACUACAUUCACCGUGUUGGACGUACCGCGCGUGGUGCCAACGGCAAGGGCCGCAGUCUGAUGUUCUUGCAGCCGUCCGAAGUCGGGUUUCUGAAGUACCUGAAAGAAGCCCGUGUACCGGUCGUGGAAUUUGACUUCCCAGCCAAGAAGAUUGUCAACGUACAAUCUCAGCUUGAGAAGUUGAUUAGCCAGAACUAUUACUUGAACAAGUCUGCAAAAGACGGCUAUCGCUCCUACCUCCAAGCCUACGCCUCCCACUCCCUGCGCUCCGUCUUUGACGUCCACAAACUCGACCUCGUCAAAGUGGCCAGAAGUUUCGGUUUCACAGCGCCACCGCGCAUCGAUAUUCAGCUUGGCUCCAGCCUAAGCCGAGACAAGAAACAGCAGCAACAGGGACGACGUAAUUACGGCAGCCAACCGAAGGGGCUGAAGUUUAAAAGAAAGCACGAGGAUGAUUAG